CUGUGUCUCGUUAUUUCCUCAAUUCUGCACCCACAAAUCUUCAUAUAUAUAUACAACACCUUUCCAUUACCAUAAUAAACUCUUGAAAACCAUGCUUUUUAACACUUGGGGCAGUGUUGGCUUCAGGCAUGAACUUAACUACAUAAGCAAGAAAAGCUGAAACUCUCAUCAACUAGCUACCACAUUCAUUUCAACUCUUAAUAUUGGAGUUUGAGGUUCAGAUGUGUGUCCUAACGUCGGCGUUGAAGUGUCACGAACCUACGGAAGUUCCUAAGAAUUUGAAUAUAUGAGUGGAAUAGAAUCAUUAUGAUGAACAAAUAAGGUUCCUUUCACAUAUUCCAAAUAAAUAGUACCAAUGCUCGGAUUGGUGCUUUGGUCAAGUUCCUCUUCAAAAGAGAUCACGUUUCUCGAUACACCUUCUCUCCUUUCCGUUACUCGCCGGAAUCCUAAACUCGAGUCCCACUCAUAUUAAUUUAAUCCUCUUAUUAUUUUAUUUCAUGUGAGAUUAAUUUAUUAUGAAAAUCGGAUAAUCUUCGUCUUCAUCGGUAACUGUACCACUGUGCUCACCAGCGAACAACACUGCCUCUGCGACACUACGAAGACGCCACGGAAAGGCACGCAAGCUAAACCACGCAGCGUCAUGGAAGACGAAAUGUACGGCAUGCCGUCGACGGCGGAGUACUCGGAGAAAGCGUUGAUGACGCCAGAGAGCAUAUUUCCGGCUGAGUACCACGGCUUCCUAAUGUCCUCCGGUAGCCGGAUUCCGAUGUUCGGAUCCGACGAGUUGCUCUCCGCCGCCGUCGCCAUCACCGCCGGCAGCGGAGCUGAACCCUACCCGAACGCCUCCGUCGCACCCGAAAUCCAGCGCCACCACGACACCUCUUCUCUCAUCAAAGCCAAAAUCGCCUCUCACCCUCACUACCCUCGUCUCCUCCAAGCCUACAUCGAUUGCCAGAAGGUGGGAGCGCCUCCAGAAAUCGCGUGCUUGUUAGAGGAAAUCCGACGAGAAAACGACGUUUGCAAGAGGGACGUUGUUUACACGUGCGUUGGAGCCGAUCCCGAACUCGACGAGUUCAUGGAGACCUACUGUGACAUGCUGGUGAAAUACAAAUCCGAUCUGACGCGGCCUUUUGACGAAGCUACCACCUUCCUCAACAAGAUCGAAACGCAGCUUAUGGAUCUCUGCACCGGUUCCUCUCUUCCAACCCUUUCCGACGAUGGAGGUGUAUCUUCUGAAGAAGGAUUUAGUGCUGGAGAUGGUGAUUUUCAAGAUGAACAAGUGCAUAAUGAAGAUAGAGAGUUGAAGGAUAAACUUUUACGUAAGUUUGGAAGUCAUAUUGGUUCACUAAAAUUAGAAUUUUCAAAGAAAAAAAAGAGAGGCAAACUGCCAAAAGAUGCUAGACAAAUGCUACUUCAGUGGUGGAAUAUUCACUACAAAUGGCCUUAUCCUACGGAAGGUGAUAAGAUUGCACUGGCUAAAUCAACUGGGUUAGACCAAAAGCAAAUUAACAAUUGGUUCAUUAAUCAAAGAAAGCGUCACUGGAAGCCAUCGGAGAAUAUGCCGUUUUCUAUGGUGGAUGGUCUUACCGGUCGGUUCCUUACGGAUGAGUGAGGUGUAUGUGCUUGCCUCUUCCACUCAAAUGUAUAUCCUCAUUGAUUAUUUCUUGCGCUUUCUUUUGUAAAUCCUCAAGGCAGAAGGGAUUUGACGUUGAAAUAUGCUUACUUCCCUGCAAAAGUUAGGGAAUAAUAAUUUAUUAGCUUCACUUGUAUUCUUCAUAAAUAACUACUUCUGACAUUUGGAAAAGAAUGGUUUUAUUGUUAUGGUUCCCAGUAUAU